AUGGAUUUUGACGAUCUCAAUCUCGCCGCUGUCGACAAUCUGCGACUGGAAUGGAUAAAACUGGCUUCCAAUUCAAGUGCAGGAAUCUGCGACCUCGCAAAUCGCUAUCGGCAACGAGAUGACUGCAAGCUAUGCUCCAUGCACUGUGGGUCGUUCAACUUCAGCUUCCGUCUUAGCUGGGAGGAUGAGGGAGAGGACUGGUUACUUCGAUUCCCACUUCCUGGGAAAUCCAUGUUCCUGGACGAGAAGGUCCGUAGCGAGGCGUUAUUGAUGAAAUUCAUCGCCAGAGAGACCAACAUUCCUGUGCCGCGCAUCAUCGCUUCUGGAACGGGGGAUGAGAAUCCAACCGGCCUAGGCCCCUUUAUCAUAAUGACCUGGAUUGACGGCAAAAAGAUGUCAGACGUGCUAAGGCAAAGCGAUCUACCCGACAAACAGGACGUUCUGGACCUCGCUAUCGGCCCCGAGACGCUCGAAACGCUGUAUGGCGAGAUGGCGGAAGUUCUGCUUGAGCUCUGGAAGCUCGAUUUCGACAAGAUCGGCAGCAUUGGUGAGGACAGCAUGAAUGGGAAGCCGAUUGUUGAUGGGCGACCCUUGACCCGGGAGCUGAACGAGUUGAUACGGAUCAGCGGAUUGAAAGACUGCACACCGCGAAGAGUUUACCAUACUUCUGUCGAUUAUAUCACAUCUCUUCUGACAUUGCAGUCAGUACACCUCGAUCAGCAGCGCAAUAGCGUGUAUGACUCCAAGGACUGCAGGGAGAAAUAUGCCUGUCGCCAGUUAAUGAAAGCUAUCGCAUUAAAUUUCAUACCCCAGGACGACUGUGGCCCCUUUAAGUUGUUUUGCGAUGAUCUAUGCCCUGGCAAUGUUCUUGUAGAUGACUCACUGCGGAUUGUGGGUGUUAUUGACUGGGAGUUCAGCUAUGCGGCUCCUUCUCAAUUUGCGGCAAGCAUUCCUUGGUGGUUACUCCUACGGCGACCUCAUUCGCUUGUUAAUCAAUAUGGUCCUGACGCCUUCUUUGAAUCCUUUCUCCCGAAGGCCACCAUUUUCUUGGAGGCGCUAGAGAAACGAGAGGAGAUUCAGGGCUUGACAGGACAAGAUUGCCGCUUGUCAGCUCGGAUGCGCCAGUCCAUUGAAGACAAAUCUGCAUGGUUCACGCUUGCGUCGCAUAUGGUCGCUUCCGUUGAUCUUCUGUACUGGGAUUUGCUCGAUGAAUAUUGCUGGGGGCCGAGGUCAAGCAUAGCACAGAGAGUUCAUGCAGUUACGACAUCACCAGAAAUGCAUAAGCGACGGGAGGAUUUCGUUCAUUCAAAAGUCCAGCAGCUUCGGGAAUACAACCAGGAACUUGGGAAUGAUAUCAAUGUGAGCUAUGAGCCAGAACCACCUCUCAAGCCGAUAGAGGAGGGUGGCCCAGCGCUACAGUAUCUGAAUAUUGUGAGUAAAGGCUUCUUUGAGGGAGCUCUUGUCGGAUUGGCCGCUGGGAUGGGAAUCAUGAUCUUUAUGAAAUACUAUCGGUCGUAG